GUUCGCAGACACGCUACUUGGGCAUAGGAAGCCAACAAAUCAGCAGCAAAGCAGCAAGCAAGCCGCGACGAAUCGAACUCCGAAUUUUCCACUCGUCGCGUGAGUGUGUUGGCUGGCCGCCAUCCGCAUCGUAGUUCAUCAGCAUCGUUGUCGUGCGCGGCGAUGCGCUUGUGAGUGUUUCGGGCUUCCCUCCAGGAUAUUGAUAGCCAAUUACACCUGCGCACACGGGGACGAACGGUGAUAGUUUGUGCUGUGAACGGCAGGAAAAUUGACACGUAAAAACGGAAGUGAAUGAGCAGUUUUUCUUCGCCCACACGGGAACACGAGCAAUUCCGGGAAGCGAAAGGUGAUAAAAAAGAUCGUAAGACCGGUGGAACGGUUCUGCAAGUGGCAGUGCCUCCUCGUAUCGUAGUUUUUCGUCCCCAACCCGGUGCAAUGUGUCACAGUUGCAGUCGAUUUCGUGCCUCACCCAGUGCGCGGUGUAGCGGUGCGUUCUCCAGUGUGCCGCCCGCCCGCCGUUAGUGCAAAGUAAUGCACUGGUAUGGUAGCGUGUGUUGUCUCCGUAUUGCGUUUUAUGAUCAGUUUCAACGGCCACCCAUUGCCGGGGAUGCGAUAGAAAUACAAAACGACAAAACGAUCGGGCCGAUUUUAGCAGGGUGUAUGUGUGUGUUAUAUUUGGAACAUCAAGCAAAACCGCGGUAGAAAGUGUUAUCGGGCUGGGUGGCAGACGAGAGCCAUUUUGUUGUGUGAGAAGUGCACCAAGUGUUUGAAGAGGAGGGGAGGAAAAGUGUGGCCGUUUCUAAAAAUAAUAGGUAAUAAAUGACCGAUAGAAAAUUGCCAAUUAGUAGCCCAUCGGAACAGGCCCCGGCUAACCGCAGCCCGCAGCUGCUGCACCAUCAUCACCUACUGCAGCAGCAGCAGCAGCAGCAGCAUCCUGCUGCACACAACAAUCAUCACCAGCAGCAGCUUUUGAGGCGGCUGGCCGGGGAGCAGCAGCACCAGCACGGCAUUGCAACGGCCGGCGGCACUGGUGAAACGCUCGCCGGUGAAGGUGGUGCUGGUGGUGGCAGUGGCCCAGUUCCGUCCGUUGCACCGGCACCACCCCCGCGCGGCACGUCCACGCUGAGUUCUGGCAGCCAUCAUCUGCAGGCCGCCGUCGCGCUGGCGAGCGUCAACAGCAACAGUUUGGGCGGCGUCGCAGGCAUCGGCAGCAGCAGCACCAACCAUGCGGGCACGGCGGCCGCCGCUAACAGUGCCAAGCACGCGAACAUGCACCGUCUGAAGCACACGGGCUCGUUAACCACUAGCAUCUAUCCAGAGCUUUAUGACAAAGGCAACCGAUUAUCUCAUUCAAGUGAUACCAGCCAGGCAGAUACCAUGACUUCCGUAACGAGCUCGUCGCUAGACUCGGACGAGGUAGAUCUUUCCGGUCUGGUCGAAUCCGUGGUCGAUUCAGACGAGGAGGACAUUGCUGAGAGUAUAGAUAGUUUAAGCGUGCGCGAUACGGUGCGAGAAUGUUUGGAAAAGGACCCGACCGACCGGACGGUGGAGGAUAUUGAGAUACUGCUCGAGUUUACGCAGAAGCUGAAAGCGUUCACCAACAUGACGUUCGCCGUGCGGCGCGCCCUCUGCGCGGUGAUGGUGUUUGCGGUGGUCGAGAAGGCCGGCACGGUCGUGAUGAACGACGGCGAGGAGCUGGACUCGUGGAGCGUGCUGAUCAACGGGCACGUGGAGAUCGAGCAUGGGACGGGCGAGGUCGAGUAUCUGCAUUACGGCGACAGCUUCGGCAUCAUGCCGACGAUGGACAAGCUGUACCAUCGGGGCGUGAUGCGCACCAAGUGCGACGACUGUCAGUUCGUGUGCAUCACGCAGACGGACUACUACCGGAUACAGCACCAGGGCGAGGACAACAUACGCAAGAUCGAGGAGGACGGCCAGGUCGUGAUGGUGACCGAGCUGCGCAACAGCACGGGAGAGAACGGGUCGCGCAAGGGGUACGUGGUGAUACGCGGCACGGUCGAGCGGCUGAUGCACCAGCUGGUCGAGGACACGACUCUGACCGAUCCGAACUACGUGGAAGACUUCCUCCUCACAUGCCGCACCUUCAUCAACAAUCCGAUCGACAUCUCGAAGCAGCUGCUGAAGUGGUUCAACGUGGAUGGCGGUGGCUCCAGCGAGGACGGAGGCUCGACCGAUCUGGUCGAUAAUGCGGCGGCGACGGCGGCGGUAUCGAUCGAUCGAACGUCUCACUUGUCUACCGGCACGCUGGACAGUGUGCUGUGCGACCGUGUGACGCGCGUCGUACUGCUGUGGGUAAACAAUCACUUCACGGAUUUCGACACCGAUCCGCAGAUGAUGGAGUUUUUGGAAAUCUUCGAAUCGGCGCUGGAGAAACGGAGCAUGUACGAGCAGCUGCGGCUGCUGCACGUGUACGCGCAGCACAAUGCGCGGGAAAGGAAUGUUACGCUUGCGCGCAGCUCGCGCGACGAAGAUUUGAACUUCCAGAUUUCGGGCGGCCCGGGCGGAAUCUUCAUUACGCGCGUCGAACCGAAAACGAAAGCGUACGAGGCGGGCCUGAAGCGAGGCGACCAGAUACUGGAGGUGAACGGGCAGAGCUUCGAGCACGUGACGUGUGCCCGGGCGCUCGAGAUCCUGAUGGGCACGACGCACCUGAGCAUCACGGUGAAGAGCAAUCUGUGGGCUUUUAAAGGCAUGCUGUCGAGUGCGGACGGUGAUUCGAGCAAGCUGAAGAUCGACCUCAAGAAGGGGCUGCGGACGGAGCUGCUGCAGUCGCAGAAGUCGCUCGAUCUGGUGGACAAGGUCGGUGGAGGGUUGCUGCCGGCGCCCCAGUUUCUGAUGCCGCUGCCCGUCCGGGACAUCGAGUACGGGCGGAAGGAUUCGGGCGCAUCGACACCGUCCGCCCAGAUGAACAACAACAAGGGCGGCAGCUUCAUGACGCUCGGUGGCAAGAAGCGCAUCCAGAAGGCGCUGAUCAAGAUGAACCUACUGCCAAAGAAUAGCGUCUUCCAGGAUGAUAAUAUUAACAACAAUCACAACAAUGGCGGUGGAGGAGGCAGCAACAACAGUAGCAGCAGCAGUGGCGGCGGCGGCGCAAACAACGGCAACAGCAACAACGGUAGCAGCUACGAGGGUGGCAGCGACCGGUCGUCAGGUAUCAGCGUCAACUUCUCCUCGCAGGCGUCCUCCAUCUCCACCUCCUCGAUAACGACGGCCGAUUCGGACGAAACGCCACCGACCUCCGCCUACCAGAGCAAUCCGGAUCUGCGCGAAAACCCCUCCACCCCGGCGAAGGCCCAAUCGACGGAGGCGAUCGUGCCGGCCAAGACGGGCGGCACGAUGUACUACGAGGAGCUGCGGGCGAGCGACUUCCCCGAGCACAUCCUGAAGGUGUACAAGUCGGACCAGACGUGCAAGUACCUGCUGGUGCACAAGGAGACGACCGCGCACGAGGUGGUGAUGCUGGCGCUGCAAGAGUUCGGCAUACACGAUCCGAGCUCGAACUUUUCGCUGUGCGAGGUGAGCGUCGGCGAGGGCGGCAUGAUCAAGCAGCGCCGACUGCCCGACCAGCUGCAAAAUCUGGCGGAACGGAUUGGGCUCAGCUCGCGGUACUACCUGAAGACGAACGGCAUCACGGAGACGCUCGUGCCGGACGAUGUGGCGCCGGAGCUGAUACGCGAGAGUGCGGUACACUUUCUGCAGCUGAACGCGAACGAGCUGGCGAUACAGCUGACGCUGCAGGACUUUAGCAUCUUCCGGCAGAUCGAGUCGACCGAGUACAUCGACGAUCUGUUCAACCUGAAGAGCCGGUACGGCAAGCCGAUGCUGGUGCGCUUUGCCGAGCUGGUCAACCGGGAGAUGUUCUGGGUGGUGACGGAGGUGUGCAGCGAGCACAACAUGAUGCGCCGGUGCAAGAUCAUCAAGCAGUUCAUCAAGAUCGCCCGGCACUGCAAGGAGUGCAAGAACUUCAACAGCCUGUUUGCGAUCGUGAGCGGGCUGGGGCAUGCGGCGGUCAGCCGGCUGCGGCAGACGUGGGAAAAGCUACCGUCAAAGUAUCAGAAGCUGUUCAACGAUCUGCAGGACCUGAUGGAUCCGUCGCGCAACAUGUCCAAGUACCGGCAGCUGAUCCAGACGGAGCUGAACGCGCAGCAGCCGGUCAUACCGUUCUAUCCGGUGGUGAAGAAGGACCUGACGUUUAUCCAUCUCGGCAACGACACGAAGAUCGACAGCCUGAUCAACUUCGAGAAGCUGCGCAUGAUCUCGAAGGAGAUCCGGACGCUGCUGCACAUGUGCAACUCGCCGUACGACAUACUGACCAUGCUGGAAUACAAGUGUCAGCCCCCGAGCUCGGCAAUGCUGGCGCUCAACCAGAUGUCCGUACCGUCGGGCAGUGGGAAUUUGAUGCUCGCCCCGCCGGCACCACCCCCACCGCCCCCGGUUACGUCGGUGGCGGCGGCGUUUGUGCACAGCCAGACGGUGAAGCGGCGGAAGAAGUCAACGGCCGCCCCGAAUCCGAAGAAAAUGUUCGAAGAAGCGCAGAUGGUACGGCGCGUCAAGGCGUACCUGAACAACAUGAAGGUCAUCACGGACGAGGACGAGCUGCACCGGUUGUCGCUCGAGUGCGAGGCACAGGGCGGCACCACGCCGAACACGGUGCAGGUGCGCAAGCGCUACCCAUCGCCCACGCUCUCCACCACGUCGAGCACCAGCUCGACGAGCGAAGGCAAGAAGGGUGCGCUCGGACUGGGCAUGAGCAGCCUGUCGAUCGGUAGCGCCAGCAGCGGCAACAGCGGAGCACCAAAGUUCGGUGCCGCCUCACCGCAAGCCGUCAAGAAGCUGCUUUCCCUGUCCGAGCAGACAAAAACGCGCCCCCACCAACCGAGACACCCGACGACGGGGGCGAUCCUGCCGCCGCCGCUCACCAACAUGCACCACCAUCACCACGGGCACCAUCACGGGGGGCUUGUGGGGCACCUGAACAGUACGCUGUCCCACUUCCACCAUCCACAUGCGGCAUACCUGCAACACGCAGGUGGCGGUGGUGGUGGUAGCGCAGGUCUAACAAUUAGCCCCUCGCAAUCGCCGGCCCACUGUUGUGUCGGACCGACCGGAACUACGGCCGGCAGUGGUUCAGGUGUUGCCAGCACCGCCGGAGGCCUCAUGGGUCCACCGCAAUAUCCACCCCCGUCGUCGGCACACGCAACCGGCGGGUUUGCGGGGGGCAGUGGUGUGACCGGUGGCGGUACCGGUGGGGUCGGGCAUCUGUCGGGCCUGCUGCCCACCAAUCCACCGAACUAUAGCGCCACCAUGUCGAUGUAUGCGAACGGACGCCCGGUGCUGGCGAGCCGGAUACUGGAGAGUGCCGUCGAUGUUGUACCUAGUCAAAUACCGCCACCGAUGGAACUGCCGCCCGAGAGUAGCUCCUUCCGGAGUCCACCGAACUAUGCUCAAACGGCGCAUCGACGAAUUGCCGGCAGCAGCAACAGCAGUAACAGCAGCACCACCAUUCCACCGCCCUACCCUGCCCCGCACCAAAACUUUGGCAACUCAUCGCGCAUCAUCUCCGCGGUCGGGAUAUCGCCGAUCGCGUCCAACUUUGUCGCACCGACCGUCAAUGCGCUCUCGCCCAUGUAUACCGGCAACAGUGGUGGUGGCACAUCCGCAGCGUCUCCGGGAGUCGUCAGUGGUGUGUGUGCCAGCUUGCCGCCAGCAAUACCGGCACGGUUGCACGAAACGAUCGAUUCGGGGCCGCCUCCAUUGCCCCCGCCGAGUAUAGACCUGUCGGCGGAGAGCAGUUCCGUGACCGUGCUGAGCAGCGCUGCUUCCGUAAUGUAGACAAACUUAACCACCAAACAAACCAAACACACAAAACACCAGGGACACUCAUAUAGUAAAACGAAUUCCUUGACCGUCCUUUUUGGGGCGUGGUGGGGUGUGUGCGCGGUGGUGUGGUGGUUUCGUUUCGUUGUGCUGUGCUAGCCCUUCGGUUCGGUUAAAGUAACCAAAUAGCAAAGCUGCUUCAUCGCCCAAUUCCUACCAAUGUUUUGCUGCCUCGUGUAUCGCUCGCUGGCGCUCCCUGUAUGCACACAUUCCCCGCCGGGUACGGGUGACGUCAGCUCAGCGGCAGCAAGAAGGUGGCGCCGACUCAUAAGCCCUGCUUCUCUCGUGCGUCGCGCGACAACAUUGUUUGCUAGACAGUCAGCUGUGCUGUCGGGCUCAUCAUGAUCGGUUCGCGGUGUAGUUUCUAUGUUUUAGUUAUUUAAGCAGUUGGUGGGGUAAAAGCUUAGAUCGACAGAGCCACUUCUUUACUAGUAAUGUAGUGUGUAGUGUUUGUAGAGGACGAACAAACGAAACUUACUUCCAAAACCACGGCGUCCGACGGGCGUGUCGUGUACCAAAGAAUUAACGCAACGUUGAAUCAAAAGUACGAAAAAAAAAGCUGGCAAUCUUUCUCAAAUCUGCGUACUCUGGCGCGCAUCUCACUCUAUCUCUCUUUAUAGUUUCCUUAGCUAGGCGCUAUUAGAUGUGUAGGACUGUAUGUUAAGCUAGUUUUAGUUUUUUUUUCUCAUUUAUGUUGUUUGUUAGUGUACUACUGACACGCUAGAACGCACUAACAGAUGCUCUCUGUUGCCGAUGCUCUCAAUCCGGUGAAGGUAUUUCAUUGUUGUAAGUGUAAAAGGCAGACACCCCGCCUACCUAGCGCCUAACAAAAGCGGGUUGCGAGGGAACAUACAUAACCUUACUUGAUCUUGAUCGUCGAAUAUCAUAAACACAAACACUAAACACUAAACGAGAUGAUGUGAUGAGGAAGCAACAAAACAGGACGAAACUUCCUCACUAGACUAGUGGCUAGGCCGCGUGUUGUUUUGUUUUUAAUAUUCCCCAAUCACUCCCCCCCAGCUCACCGCAAACUAUGGCCCCGUCUAUAAUUGUAUGUUGUUCUGUUUCUUUCAUUUCAUUUCCUUUUUUUAUAUACAGCACGAACCGUCCCUUACGGACAGUAUACGUCCCAGGCGUACCACAAUCACAUAUCGCGAACGCGUGGUCCUCGAUUUUAAGCCCCAUUUCAUAUGGAUCCGUUUUCGGGCGAGUCCGGAUGUAUGUAUUAGCAAUAGGAGAGAGGCGGAAGGGUACGGCACAGUAUGCAACGGAACGAAAAACAAAACCAACAGCAGCAGUUGUACACACCAUACGCUUCAGAUAAUAACCGAAGCGAACAGAAAAUUAGAGUGAGAGAGAGAGAGAGAGAGAGAGAGAGAGAGAGAGAGAGAGAGAGAGAGAGAGAGAGAGAGAGAGAGAGAGCAAGCGACAAGAACGCGUGAAACGCGCAACGCAAAGUGAAGACGUCGCCAAAUGACCCUGGAAUGUUUGCAAUGGUCUGUGACGUUCUCUUAGUCCUUCUUUCUGGUGCUUCCUUCCACACUGAGCCCUUUUCUUCUUUGCGCAAAAUGGUAGAAUUUCACCCGAUCUGUGUAGGUUUGAUUUUCUUUCGAAUGCUCAAUAACUCUCAGCGUUGACCUAAUUACGGUUGAGCCACGUGCUUGCGCGUGAAUCCCGCACCGUGCGUAAGCGCACUUGAACCAUAGCUCAAUGUGUGUCGUUUUUUUUUAAAUUGUAUUGACGCUAAAAACCAAAUCUAUUCUCCCAAAAUGCAUAGCUCUUCCGAUGCGCAUACGUUUUGUUUUUGCGCAUUCUGCAUGGGUGUGUGUAUGUGUGUGUGACUGAGAAUCCCAACUGUUUGCAUCUGAAGACGGAAUCUAGCCUCCUCGCGAGCCAUUGGUUACUCAUCGAUUGUAGUGCUGGGCAGCAUGAAUAGGAAGGGGAGAAGCAUUGGUUCAUUUGGCUCCCUUUUACACACCUGUAUGUGUGCGUUUUUCUUCUUCCUCUUCUUCUUCAACGAUGCACUAUGCUAUACUAACGAUGCUAGAGAUGAUCAAUCUUGGCCAUAGUCUCUCUACCGCUCCGUCUACCAACACACACGCGCAUUCUAUCUCUCCUCCCGCCGGUUGGAAGUCGACCACUUUGUGUGUGUGUGUAUGUGUGUUCGAGCAGCUAAUAAUUCAAUUAGACAUAAUUGUUGAUCGACUUCUCGAGAUUGGUUCACCUUUGCCGGGAGAAAGAAUCAUCACUCCCAACACGACCUCCACCGCGGUGCGCCUGUGUGUGCGUAAACGGUUGCACACGCGCCUAACUCCAACCGGCGGGCGAGCAUGCCAUCCAGUCCAGUCUUGAAGCUCGCGCCGAGAACAGGCGCGCCUACUUUGCCUUUGCUCUCAGCAGUACGCUACCGUCGUCGAGUUGCUCUGUGUUUUUGUGUGUGUGUGUGUCUAGUUUCCUCCCUUGCUACUCGCCCGCCUGUGGUGUGUAGCGCAGUGCGGCGAAGCAAUGGCAUUGCGGUGGAAAGUGUUUUCCCUCGCAACCGUGUGGCUGCUUGCUGCCGCCCAAAAUCACGACCUCACAAUGUCGCGAAUGGUGCGUGGCGCAAUCGAAGCAGGCGAUAGUGGCAACGGCCAACGGCCAGUCUCGCCGACGACGGUGGCGGUCAGUACGAACACCGAUAC